GACAGACGCUUGCAAAAAGGGCAUUUGGGCUUUUGAACUUUCUGCAUUUGCACAAGCGUGUGCUAUAAUACUGUAACGGCCCAAGCAUAUCUAUACCAUCCCGUUUUCGAAACAGCGCCGAGAACGUCUUGCCAAGUCGCUGGUAUCGGGAAACACUGGUCCUCGAGUCAAGUAUUAGCGGAACAUGGGCUCGAAAACGAAAACGAAGGGCCCCGAAAGCGAGGGACUUCCGGGUUCAGCAGUGGCAACGAACGAGGAGUCGGCAACCGUAGCCGAAAAGCAGAAGAAAUGGGAUAAAAAGAAGGCGGCUGCCGUGGAAAUGAAGGCAGAUGAUGCAACAGUGGCCCAACCGACGCCCGAAACAGGCAAAAAAUCGAAAAAGCGGAAAUUAGACGCUACAGCCGACGCACCAGCCGAAAAUGUAACAGAAAAGAAGAAGAAGAGUAAGAAACCAGCUACGGAAGCGGAUUCAGGUGCGGGGACGGUUGACGAGCCGAAAUCGAAAAAGGCGAGAAAGGAGGUGGAUAGUGAGGCAACUCAGGCGACGGAGCCCACAAAGAAGGCCGGGAUCCUGAAGAAGAUCAAAAGCGCAGAGCCACCCAUAGCGGAUGCCUCAGGGACCGGCGGCGGUGAUGGUAGAGAAGGACUGCCUACUGGUGAGGGAACAGACGCCAAAACGAAGACGCCAUCGAAACGGAGAAAGAAGAAGUCGAGUAAACCCAGACCGAAAACCAAACCGACUGAGGCUCAGAAGCGGAAACAGCGUGUGAACCUGAGAACAAAGCUUUUAGAGUUAGAUACUGCCGCUUCCAAGGAUGCGCCGUCUGCAGAAGCAGAAGAGAGGGCUGUGAGCACAUCCAACACCGCUGCUGUGGAAAACGGAACGGAACCUAGCUCGAAACUCGUAGCUCCACCUACCGCUGAGAAGGCGAGCGAUCGAAAGAAGCGGGAUGCAGCUCUCGAGUACCUCCGGCUGUACGUCCAGAACCGCUCUGAGUGGAAGUUCCAGAAAGUUCGGCAAGUGUGGAUUCUUCGGAAUAUGUGGUACUCGAAUCAGAUGGACGAUAAGACAUUUGAGAUGGCAUUGGAAUAUGUGCAGAAUUUGGGACCAAGAGCGCGGGAGGAAACGGUCGCCGAAGCCAAAGAGCUCGUACAUCUGGCGAACCCCGAUUCUGCCAUCCCAAAAGCUGGAACCAAGGACGGCAAUAAAAUCACUUUCGAAGAAUCAGAUGACGAUGACUCUUCCAGCGACGAGGAGGACGCAUCAACGGAAGCUGAUAGUGGAAGCGCAAAGUCGUCAACUUCCAUCAUUUUGACUCGCGCGCGGAAAGUCAUAGCAAGCUUGAAGCUGUUUUUGUAGGAAGAUGUUUAUAUGCAGAAAUGGCGGAACUGCUUCCAAGGGGGCUUUUCAUAUCUGCGGAACCCAUAGAGCCUAGAACGAAGCAUACAUAUUCUAAUUUAUCACAUUUUGCGCCA